GUGUUGGUUUAAAUCUCCAUAAACAAGCUCGUUUGUUUACGAUCUUUAGUAUUACCAGCAACAAUGUCGUCGUUCUUGCACCAACGACCUAUCCAGAAUCCAUUCUCAAACGGCUACCCGAUCUCCCCACGUUCUUCAUCAACCUCGCAAAGACCCGUUUCGAUAUUCAGUCCAACGGGCAUAAUUAUUCUCCUCUCGCUCACGUUAAUUAUCGGAGUGUUGGCGCCCUGGUCAGGCAUGCCCCAAUCCAUAUUCUCCAACUCUAAAAUGCCCUCUUCUCCUAUUUCCAAAUGGCGAGCCUACUCUUUGGCCGAAUCCGCUUCUUUCGUCGCCAAAAACGGUACCAUAAUUGCCUGCGUGGUGAGUCAUCCUUACUUGCCUUCUCUCAACAAUUGGCUGAUUAGUAUCACCAGACAGAAGCACCAAAAGAAAGUCCUUGUCAUAGCUGAGGAUUAUGCUACUCUCGACAAGGUUAAUGAAAAAUGGCCUGGUCAUGCCGUCCUAGUACCGCCAGCUCUUGAUUCACAAACCGCUCAUAAAUUUGCCUCUCAGGGAUUCCUCAAUUUUACUGCCAGGAGGCCCCGGCAUUUGUUGCAAAUCUUGGAGCUCGGCUACAAUGUAAUGUAUAAUGAUGUUGAUAUGGUGUGGUUGGGAGAUCCCUUCCCUUAUAUGGAAGGAAACCAUGAUGUUUACUUCACCGAUGACAUGACUGCAGUAUGCAUGCUAACUUUGCUACAAUAGUUUUCAGCCUGUUUUACUUUUAAAAUUGCUUAGUUUUGUACUUGGAACUUGGAAGGUUAGACCAAAACAGUGCUAUGAUGUGCUUGCAAUGCAAGAAUAGCCAAAAUAUUCGUUAAGAUUAAGCCACUCUACUUGAUUAUGAGAAAUUAAUAAACUUUGGCUUAUCUUUAGCAAUUCUACCGUCACCAUGAUUGUUAAGCCAUGAAUGCUUGUUAAAUUGGAUUGUAUGCAAUGGA